GCAAGACUCAAAAAAGAGUGUUUGUUUGUUUUAAUGGUUAAUGCCUUCUUCUUCUUCCUUCUUCUUCUUCUUCAUAAUCUCCAAACCCUAAUCCCCAAAUUCACACACAGAAGAACCCAAAUGGAAUAAUACAAUACAAUCAUAGCAUUUGCUACUAUGCAGAGGAAAGCCACCCACCGCAUUCUUCUUCCUUUCCUCUCCCGGACUCCGGCUCCGGCUCCGACUUAUAGCCACCACCGCUUUUCUUCUCUCAUUCAUUCUUCUCGCCCAAUCCUACUCUUCCAUUUCUCCGACCACCAUACUCCGUCGCGAGAUCGCCAGAAAGGACCUCCACAGGCACCGGCCUCGUUUGCUUCUGUUGAUUGUUCAAGACGCUUCCUUUUGCUUGAAUUUCUUUCCUCUAAUGGUUACUCCCAUAACCAACGGCAACGGCAUCGGCAUCAUCUCUCUUUUCAUCGCAAUUUUUUCACCAGAGCUAAACAAGUUCAGAGGAUUGAAUUCAAUGAUCAACACAGUCAAAGGGCAGUCACAACUGCCUUGUGGUGCAACUUUCUUGUGUUUUCACUCAAGUUUGGGGUCUGGUUAGCUACCUCAAGUCAUGUUAUGUUGGCUGAAGUAAUUCACUCAGUUGCAGAUUUUGCAAAUCAGGCACUCCUUGCUUAUGGUCUGAGUAGCUCGAGGCGUGCACCAGAUGCUAUCCAUCCUUAUGGCUAUUCCAAGGAAAGAUUUGUUUGGUCUUUGAUAUCGGCUGUUGGCAUAUUUUGUCUUGGUUCUGGGGCUACUAUUGUUCACGGAUUUCAGAACUUGUGGACUUCACAUCCCCCUGGAAACAUUAAGUACGCAGCUCUAGUGAUUGCUGGUUCUUUUAUUAUUGAAGGUGCUUCUCUUAUUGUUGCUAUCCAAGCUGUCAAGAAAGGUGCAGCUGCUGAGGGAAUGAAAGUAAGAGACUACGUUUGGCGUGGUCAUGAUCCCACAUCUGUUGCAGUCAUGACAGAGGAUGGAGCUGCUGUUGCUGGUCUUGUUAUUGCCGGAGCAUCACUGGUUGCAGUAAACAUUACAGGGAAUGGAAUUUAUGAUCCCAUAGGCUCGAUUAUUGUUGGCAACUUACUUGGAAUGGUUGCUAUAUUUCUGAUCCAAAGGAAUCGGCAUGCUUUAAUUGGUAGAGCAAUGGAUGAUCACGAUACAGAGAAGGUCCUCCAUUUCUUAAAAAAUGAUCCGGUUGUUGAUUCUAUAUACGACUGCAAGAGUGAGGUUAUUGGGCCUGGGUUCUUUCGGUUUAAGGCUGAAAUAGAUUUCAAUGGGGUGGUACUUGUGCAAAAUUAUCUAAAAAGGACCGGUCGGGAAGAAUGGGGAAGACAGUUCCGCGAAGCAGCUAUGGAGAAAGACGAUGAUCAACUCCUCAAGAUCAUGUCAAGUUACGGUGAAGAAGUGGUUACAGCUUUAGGAAGUGAAGUUGAUAGGCUUGAAAAGGAGAUCCAAUAUCUGGUUCCGGGCAUACGACAUGUUGAUAUCGAGGCUCACAAUCCAACUGAUCUAUUACCAUGAAUAAUAGACAUUUUUCUGGAUAGCAUCGGUGAGGAAGUGAAGUUGAUAGGUUGGAGAAGGAGAUCCAAUAUCUUGUUCCAUUACUAAGUAGUAAUGUUUAUGUGGUGCCAUUGUACAUACUACAUUGUGUUUAUAUAUAUAUGGUGAAUUUCCAUUCCAAGGUUAGAAAAACAUUCAUUGCUUUCAAUUCAUACUGUAUAUUGUAAUGAUUAGGAAACUCACUUUCCUAAUUCUGAGAAAAAUCCAUUAAACACAAAAACAAAGAACUUAGUGCCAUGUUCCAUGUUUUUCUUCAAUGAUUUUUCUAGGUAUUACAAUGAGGAUUGGCAAUGUCUUUUCGUAUUAUUAUUAUUCUAAGCUUGAAUUAUAAGAAUCUUGAGAAAUGUUAGUGGAUUCAAUAAAAUUCAUAGCUAUUAUUUUGAUUUUUGAGGCAUAUUAUAGUGUUGAGUUCUUAAUGGGGCAAUGGACCAAUUCAACAUUUGUUGCUGUCUUUAACAA